GUUGCUGCCGCGGCUGGUGUUGAGGUUGCCGGAGUUCGGAGGUUCCCCGGGGCCGCGAGGACGUCGCCAUGCCUAAAGCACCAAAGGGAAAAAGUGUAGGACGGGAAAAAAAAGUCAUCCAUCCGUAUAGUAGAAAAGCAGCUCAAAUUACGAGAGAAGCUCACAAACAAGAGAAAAAGGAAAAGCUGAAGAAUGAAAAGGCCUUGCGUCUCAACCUUAUCGGUGAAAAACUGCAGUGGUUUCAAAAUCAUCUUGAUCCCAAAAAAGUAGGAUAUUCAAAGAAAGAUGCUUGUGAAUUAAUUGAAAGGUAUUUAAAUCGAUUCAGUAGUGAGCUGGAGCAGAUUGAAUUACAUAACAGCAUCAAAGACAGGCAGGGAAGGCGGCACUGUUCCCGGGAGACAGUCAUCAAGCAGACAAUGGAGCGUGAGCGGCAGCAGUAUGAAGGAUAUGGCCUUGAGAUUCCAGACAUUGUAAAUGCAGGUAAUCUGAAAACUUUUAGGGAAUGGGAUUUUGAUCUGAAGAAAUUGCCAAACAUUAAAAUGAGAAAAAUUUGUGCUAAUGAUGCACUUCCCAAGAAGUGCAAGAAGAAAACUAUUAUUACAACUGUAGACAAAGAUUUAGGGGAAUUGGAACUAAAAGAUGACUCGGACUCAGAUGACUCGGAUCAGGAAAUGACGGCAGUAGCCUAAUUAUCCUCUACUUGACUUGAAAAUAAUGUGAGAAAGCUUCAGGUUACACCUGAAUUGAUUAUAGUAAAUGAUUGUCUGGAUACGAGAAUUUGCUGUUUCACUUAUUCUCUGACAUGAUGAGAACAGCUUUUGCAGUUUCAAAAACAGUAUUAUGAUUUUAUUUAGAAAUGACUGUUG